AUGAGCUCCUCCCCGGUCGUGAACGGCCUAACCGACGAGGAGCACAAAACCCUUGAACCGGUUAUCGAAACUUACCACCGGUUCGAACCAAAUCCAAGCACCUGCACCUCCCUCAUUACCCAACGCAUCGACGCCCCCGCCUCGGUUGUUUGGCCUCUCAUCCGCAGCUUCGACAACCCACAACGCUACAAACACUUCAUCAAAAGCUGCCGCCUUCUUACCGGAGAUGGCACCGUCGGAAGCGUCCGGGAGGUUACUGUAAUCUCCGGCCUCCCAGCCUCCACCAGCACAGAGCGCCUCGAGUUCCUCGACGACGACCACCGUGUUCUGAGCUUCAGGGUUGUUGGCGGAGAGCACCGGCUUAGCAACUACAAAUCCGUGACGUCAGUGAACGAAUUCUUGGAUCAAGAUUCCGGCAAGCUCUAUACGGUGGUUCUUGAAUCCUACACCGUUGAUAUUCCCGAGGGGAACACAGCAGAGGACACCAAAAUGUUUGUGGACACUGUCGUCAAACUCAAUCUUCAGAAACUUGGAGUUGUCGCCACUGCUGCACCUAUGCAUGAAUGA